AUGUCCCCUUCUCUGUCCAGAAUCCAACCAAUCCACCUUUUCGAAAGCUCGAGUUUACUAAAGACCCUUCUGGCAUUAGUAUUGUGCAGUCUUGCAAUGGACUCUUACUAUGUAGUAGCUUUCGAGCUCGUGACCAUAAUCUCAAGUACUUACUAUGUCUACAAUCCCACAACAAAACGCUUCACUACACUUCCAAAACCAGAUCAAGGAACCGGGAUCAGAAAGAAAAUAUGUGGUAUGAGCUUAGCUUUUGAUCCUCCCAAGUCUCCCCACUACAAAGUUGUUUGCGUUCAACGCUUAGAAUUAGAUCAAGAAGAGAGUAAAUAUCAGAUUGAAGUUUAUUCAUCUGAAACUGGUCCUUGGAAAGUAUCCAGCCAGCCUUUCACAGAUGAAACCAAUUUUGAAAAAGGAGUAUAUUGGAACGGUUCGAUCCACUGGAUUGGUAAUGGGACAUUUGAGUCUUUAUAUUUCAUCAUUGAUGAGGAAAGACUGGAAACAAUGCCAAUGCCGCCUAUCCCAGAUGGUUGGGAGGGAAGAAGCAACUACUAUAUUGGGGAGUCUUGUGGUCAUCUAAAUUUUAUUGAGACAUUUGGUCCACAAAUUCAGUUCAAUGUCUAUGAAAUGAAGAGGAACAAUUCUGAGUGGUUUGUGAAGUACAGGGUUGAUCUGUCACCACUUGUUAAUGCUUUUCCUGGGAUGAUCCGAAGUUAUCUUAACCCGACAGACUGGUAUUAUUAUGCCUUGUCCAUAUUUUGUCUGAUUCAGGGUGAAAAGAACGAGGAUUCCUUCUUGGUAUUGCAAAUUGCGGGUAGGGCCAUACGAUACAAUCUUGUUCAUAACACUUUCGAGAAGCUCCAUGAUUUUGAGGGUGCUGAGGUUGAAGAUUCCUUAAGAUUUUCAUGGACAAAUGGAUUUCAACACAUUGAGUCUCUCUGCUGUGUUUGA